AUGAGAUAUAAAUUAUUUUUCUCCUCUUUUUCUUUGAUUAAUCAUCAGAAGUACAACAAGAAGACUUGUUUAUGCAGUUGGUUUCAUCGAAGUUUCGCAUCUUUGCGUAGUAAUGAAUUCACAAAAGCAAGAAGAUACAAAGAGAUCAACGAUGGUAAUGAUGAUUAUGAUGUGCGAAAAACGCAUUAUAUUCCUGGAAAGUAUCUUCAUUUUCUUGAUAAACCUGUUAGAACCUUAAAAAAAGAAGCACGAGAAGAAAAAAAUAAGCCCACAAAAAGAAUUAGGUCACGUGAGUUAAAAUUUAAUUACAGAUUUCCCUCCGACCAUUCUUUAAAUCAAGAAGAGUUUUAUAGCAAUUAUGAGGAUAAAUUCUCUACUGAAACAUCAUUAUCGUCAAUGUCUAUCGAUCUUAACAAUCCACUUUCAAAAAAACAACAAAACAUCUCUAAUCGCGUAUCACGUGCUAUCAAAAAUUGUUUUUAUACUUUACCUCACAAGUUAUUGGGACCUUCAUAUGUGAAGAUCGUCAAUGUUGAAACUUUAACUAGUUUGAGAGAGACGCAAAUUUGGUGGAGACCGAUGCCUGAUAAUCAUCAUUCUAAGGCGGAUAUUGAAGAAGCAUUGCGUUCUCAUCAAUCACAACUACGAGAAGCAAUCAAACGUGAAAUGCGUGUCAGGAAGCCACCUCGGCUUAUAUUUCUUAGGGAUGAUUUGGCCAAUGGACCAAUCAAAAAUAUAUUGAAUGAAAUAAUGGAUGAAUUAUCAUUAUCAAAGGAUCAAUCAUCUGCAACCCCUACUUUGGAUGAGCAUAAGCAUGAACAUGAAGAAAGGGAAUUUAUGCAAUCAAGAACUAACAAUUUGCUUAACCAAAAAGAGAUAACCACUAAUGAUUUACAUAAAGAAUCAUAUUUUGAGAAAUAUAGCAAAAAAAUCAGAAAUCUAUUCUUUUCUCUAAAAUAA